GCAGUCAGGCUGAGCCGCCCCAGAGGACCAGCCUGACUGCUUGUUUUGCUGAAGCCGGAGCAGGAGAGGAGGUCCGCCGUCAGAUGGAGGUCACUGGUGCGGACCCCCGGACGCAGGAGGAGGGCUCGGAGGCAGACGGGACGCCCGAGAGCCGGGACAAAGAGGAUGGGGUGCUGCAGUACCCCAAAGAGUGCGAACAGUAUGGGGAGAAGAUGCCCUUCCACCAUGUGACGGCAGGGCUGCUCUAUAAGGGGAACUACCUGAGUCGCUCUCUGUCCGAACGCAGUGAGAGUGACCAGCUUGCUAGCAUCUCUGUGGAGGAACUGGACGAAAUACGCGAGGCCUUCAGGGUGCUGGAUCGUGAUGGCAACGGCUUCAUCUCCAAGCAGGAGCUUGGAAUGGCCAUGCGCUCCCUAGGGUACAUGCCCAGCGAAGUGGAGCUGGCCAUCAUCAUGCAGAGACUUGACAUGGAUGGAGACGGACAGGUAGAUUUUGACGAGUUCAUGACGAUACUGGGCCCAAAGCUUCUGUCUUCCGAAACGCGAGAAGGCUUCCUUGGAAAUACAAUAGACAGCAUAUUCUGGCAGUUCGACAUGCAGCGGAUAACAUUGGAGGAGCUCAAGCACAUCCUGUUCCAUGCCUUCCGGGACCACCUCACGAUGAAGGACAUCGAAAACAUCAUCAUUAACGAGGAGGAGAGCCUGAAUGAGAAUUCAGGCAACUGCCAGACAGAAUUUGAAGGAGUCCAUCCCAAAAAGAAGAACCGGCAGACGUGCGUGCGCAAGAGCCUGAUCUGCGCUUUUGCCAUGGCCUUCAUCAUCAGCGUCAUGCUCAUCGCAGCCAAUCAGAUGCUGCGCAACGGCAUGGAGUAGCGGAACCACUGUGAGAGGGCGGGGGCGGAGCCUGCAUGUGCAUGUCCGUCUGUGACGUCAUUUCCUUUUUGCCUACAAAAAACCACAAAACAAAAAAAAAACAUUUGAUCAAAGGAAACCAAACACCUCGGCGAAAGAACAGAGGUUUUUUCUUCCCCCGCAGCGUUUAUUUAUUUAUUUAUUUUAUUUCUGUUCUUGUCUUGCGUGACAGCCAGCAGGGGGCUGUGUUUCGCCGAGCCCCCUCCACCUCACUGGCAGGGACUUUAAAGGGCUGACUUUGCUUUUCUCUUUUUUUCUCCCCCCCCUUGUGCCCCCUCUGUUCCCACAAUGCAAUAACAUACAGGAGUCUGCAAGCGCCUCUCCAACCUGUCGUCUCCAUGGCUCCAAUUUUCAGCAGGGAUUCGCUGAUGAGCUGCUCUCAGGCGCAGGCCUGUCGCCGAAUGGAAGAGCCACCGUAAUUGGCCGCUCAUUACAUGCUUAGUAGAGAGGAGCUGCAGCAUCUGCCCCAUGGCCUGUUUGUUGCUUUUAAAUGCUUUUUGGACGUUUCGGGAAGAGGUGUGAUGCCAGGGCAGGAGUGCACUCACUCAUCUGUUACAAAAUCCAUAGUUGUCAGCUUCUGUUCUUCAUUUAUGGCAUUUUGCGGACGCUCUUUCAAAAAUAAUUCUGGAUCUUGUCGGUUCUUUGGAAAGAUCAGUAUGCUGAAGAAAUGGAUGCCAGCUGUGGUCCUGGUGGUUCUAUGCCUCGUAUAUUUUCGUGUUUUCCCUGCUCCAACACAGCUAUUUAGCUAAUUAACAAGCAGGAAGUGGGUGUAUUAGGCCUUGUUCAGACUGCCAGCCCAAAUCAGAUUUUUGGCUUUGAUUUUUGAUAGUCUGGACAGCAAAAAACACAUGAAAUCCAAUUUUGGUCAGAUUCAAAUCAUAUUUGGAGGUGGCUUGAAAUGCGGUCCCAAUCGGAUUUUUGCAGAUGCGUCUUAGUCUGGACGCACUGGA